CCAAAUAAAAGAGUCGGAAGAAGUGCAGGGGUGUUAUUGGAUCUACUGGAACUGUCCUGUUUGUGAACAGAUGAGGCUGCAACAGAAGGGGGCUGAUUCAGGGAUUAUUAGAGCUCAGAGAGUCUGUGUGGCGGGGCCGCUAUACAAAAGAGGGGGACCGUGCACAGAAAAGGUAAACAAUGCCUUCAAUCGAUCAGCUGAUGUUUGAAAGCACAGAGGAGUCUAGAAAAAGCAGGAUGGCAACCCACAGUUCAUAUAGGAAGUUAUAAGUAGAGGAGCUAGCUGUGACAGGUAUACAGAGCAGACCUCAGCUAUUACACAAGCCUGGUCCAUUUGUCAGGCCUCUCCUCCUCCUAUUUUACCUCGUCGACUGCCCUCCUUCUUGCCUCUGCCUGAUCACUCCCUUUCCUCUCUGGAGCAAUGCAUCCACAGCGUCCUCUUCCCCAAGCCAUGCCCUCCUCCUCUCUGGGACAGCACCUGCGGGACAUGGCCAUGGGUCUGGGACGAGGCAAGAACUUCCUGGGAGGAAACUUUGCCUACAGUUUCAUCCAGUCGGUGAAGGAGUGCCUCUAUUUUCUGCUCUGCUGCUGGUGCAUCAAAGAGAUCCUAGACUGACGGACUAUGAGAGAGUAGAUCAAGGUCUUUAUACAAUGCUCCUCUUGGGGUUUCAGAAAACACACUUGCACGUUUCCAGAUGCUACAAAUGUUCGUUGUGGGGUUGGUUAGUUUCUUGAAGUUUCCUGAAUUCAACCGUGCUGAUCUGAUCUGAUCUGAGAUCUUGAGGAAUGGUACCACUGAUGUUCACUGUGGAGAAACUGGUGUGGCAAUGAAUAAACAAACUAAUGAAUAGAAAAAUAUUACCUUUAUGACUGCACUUUUGUUCAUUUUUCUUUGGUUAAUUUGAUAGUGAAACAAUGAGAAAAAAACAUCUUGAUUUAGAUGCACUCUUGUUGCUUUCAUGUGCCUUCAUUGAGACUUUAUGGCUUGUAUUUAUGUAAUUUUAAUGUUGCAUUCCUGUAUAGAGGUCAAAUUCGUGAUUUAUGUAUUAAACAAACGCAGUGGAGGAACUUUACAAGGAUCUUGCGGCCU